UGUUCAUUUGGAAGACCCAAAGCCUCCCUCAGAAAGCCAGAUUCAGGAAACGACCGCUCCGAAAGCGCACCUCAGCUCCUUCGAUAAUCCAAUCCAGAAACAGAGGAUCCUCUUCUGAAAGAUGGCAAACCCUCAUUCCGUAGUUUUCCUCCUUAUUUGUUCCAUCCUGCUAGUGAUCGGUUCAUCGGCCGUCGUCAACGCCGGAGGCGACAGCCAUCACCACUUGGGGCUAGGGUUGAUUCGCACCAAGUCGAGCUGUGAGGGUUCAAUUGCAGAGUGCUUGAAUGGAGAGGAGUUUGACUUGGACUCGGAGAUCAAUCGCCGCAUCUUAGCCACGUCCCAGUACAUCAGCUACGGGGCGUUGCAGAGGAACACCGUGCCUUGCUCUCGCCGCGGCGCCUCCUACUACAAUUGCCGACCUGGUGCUCAGGCAAACCCUUACAAUCGUGGCUGCAGCGCCAUUACGAGGUGCAGGAGCUAGAAUUUGUCCUGCUAUAAAAUUCCCUUCAUGUAUUUAUUUACUGUUUAAUUUUAAAUGGAUUUGAUUGUUGCACCCCGAGAUUGAGGAUCUGCAAUUUCGAAUUGGUGGACUUGUCGGUCACAGUUGUGUUGAUUGAUAAUGGUAUAAUGUUCUAUACUGUUAUACUAGUGUUUAUCUGCAUUUUGGACGUUUCGGUAAAAUGGAAGAGAAAAUAAAUAAUGAUAUUUCUGUUAA